AUGUCUUUUUACGAGCCACAGGGAUGGCAGGCUCCUGUUCGGCAGGCGUCCUGGGAACAGCCUCCGCCGCCGUCCAGGUCAGGCACAAGCUCUACCUCACAACGCGAAGACAGCAACGCCUUCGCCACUCAAUUCGAAGAGGUGGACCGAGCCAUGGAUAAUCUUCUCAAGAGCGGCAAGUUCUAUACUCCGGGCCCAAGACCGAUGCCCGCACCCAUACCAGCUGGCCGACCCGGAGGUGAUUUCGGACCUCGUAUGUAUGGAGGCCGUCAUGGUGACUUCGAUCCCUCUCGGCCCCAGCCCGGCGCAAACCUUCAAAGCUUUUAUGCUUCACAAAGGCACCAAGGGCGGCAUCCGGAUGCUGAUCAGGUAGCACAAGCAAAGAGGAGGAUGGCUGCUCAACGAGAACGAGAGCUUCGCAACUAUCAUCAGGAACAGCAAUAUAACCGAAGCGUAUUGGCGGAGAUGUCGUCCACCAAAUCGGAUCGUUCAAUGAGUCCCAGUACCCUGAGUGAGGAGGGUCGCCGCGAACUGAUUGCUCGGCAACAUCGGGCUUUGUACGGCGCCGAAAACCCAGCCUUUGUCGGCCAAGUUCCCUUUACCAAUGACGAGACUGCUGGCAGAGAUCAAGGAACCAAUGUUCCUGCUGGUGCAGCGGGAGCGGCUCGAGGUCCAUCACCUCGUGGAGUCGAUCCCUUCGGUAUCGCCGGCGCAGCUCAACAAGGCGAAGGCAACGCGCAAAGUACUGGUCCAGGUCAAGAUGGAUCUCGUAUGGAGCAGGCGUCCUCCCCCUCUGCACAGACGUCAUCUGGGUACGGCAACUUCGACGCCUCAAUGCAAACCUCGGGCAAGGCGCCGACGCCACCUUCAGGAGAGGAAACCUCUCACUCUCGACAGAUUUCUAAAUCCACGACCGCACCAGCCAGUGGCGGUAUGGGUCCUAUUGGAAGCCGUCCCAUGGCCCAACAAGCACCCAGCCAAUCCCUGAACAAGCGGACCACGUCACCGCUUCCUUCGUCCCUGGGCUAUGGAUUUGGCUCAAAUGAACAAACCAUUGAUCGAGCGAGUUCGGCGAAUUCGACCUCGAACGUGACGAAAGAAUCGUCUGCGACUUCCGCCACGGCACCAUGGGGCACAGGGAGCGGAGUCUGGGGGUCUAACAAGAUUGGGACCACCUCCGUCUGGGGUUAA